AACAACUAGCAGACUACGUAUUCCCCAGUCGCUUAUUCUGUAAACAAAUUUUAAGUUUUUGAAUUGUUCCUUCAGUUAUUGAAGAUUUAACGAACUUUUUUAACGCUUGUCUUGUAAGUAAAGUAAUUAAAAAGGAAAUAUUCAAUCAUCAGUACUGACUGCUAUAAGCUGAAAUGGCAAAAGACUGGACCCAGGAUCCAAGAUUUAAUCACUAUUGGAAGAAUUAUAGACAUGGACUGUCAUGGUAUUCUAAACAUCAAAUUAGUUAUUAUAGAUCUAAAAUGGUUUCUAUGGAUUAUGAAAAUUCAUUUUUGCACUGGUUUAUGCAACAUCAAUUACAAGUUGAAACUCAACCCAUUUUAACUCAAGAUGAAUCUGCAAGUCUACCAUCACUUUCUAAAGUAAAUGAAAGAAAGGUUCCUCAGAAUGAAGAAUUUGAAAUGGAAAUUACAGGGGACAUGCUUGAAUUUCUGAAAAAAUCAAUGAAACAUAAGAAAGAAAGAGAUGAAACCAAUACCACACAAGAAGUGAAAUACAUAAAUGUGGAUGAGAUCCCCAUAGAAAGGGUUGCUUCAGAUUCACAAAAUAACACCUCAACAAAUGUUUUAGAUGAAAAACAUCAUGAAUCUGAUUAUUUUCAUUUAUAUGGUGCUGAUGCUCCACGAAUUCAAGCCAUGGAAACAGCUGUACAGCUAAAUUUCAAUAGGAACUGUGAUAGAAAGCAACCUAAGCCUUGGCCAAAUAUGCCUUUGCAUUUGUGAAGACAUUUUUAGUUGAGGCUUUCAUCUGAUUUGAAUAAAAUGAUUGUUUAUUUUCUUCUA